UUGAUGCUGUCCGUCCCCUGUGGCCGGAGAUCUGACCUGGGGGUCCUGGAGCAUGGAGGCGGGGGGGGGGGGGCUCUGUCCCUCCAGGGACCCAGCCACUCCUGGCCCCCACUCUUUCAUGCUUCCGUUAGGCUGUCUGUCUCCACUCUCUCCACCUCCCAUGACCUCAGCCACCACUUUACUCCAAAAUUAUCUCGCCGCCGUGCUCAUUGCCCUCUGUGGUUGCUUGAUAAAAAUAGCCAAUCCCACAUCCUUCUCCUGGGGGCCGGCUCUGAGCUCCACCGAUGGGCCACUUUCCAGCCCCUAAGUUGGCUGUGUCCCUGCUUCUGUCACCUCCUCGCUGAGACCUCUCUGCAAUCUUUCUCGGAGCCCCCUUCCAUGGGGCCUCAUGCUGUUCCCUGCACCGACGGCCCCGGCCCAAGGUGCUCAGAAAUGCGCCUGGGAUUUUGGUUCGAUUCAGGCAGAACCCUGGAGAUGAACGGCCUUCUCACACUGGCUUGGUUACUGGCUUGUUGUGUGCGUGCUGUGCCAGGAGGCUUGCUGGACCUCAAGUCUAUGAUUGAGAAGGUGACUGGGAAGAGCGCCCUGACGAACUAUGGCUUCUAUGGCUGCUACUGUGGCUGGGGCGGUCGGGGGACCCCCAAAGAUGGCACCGAUUGGUGCUGUUGGGUGCAUGAUCGCUGCUACGGGUGGCUGGAGGAGAAAGGCUGCCACAUCCGGACACAGUCCUACAAAUACAGAUUUGCACAGGGACUGGUCACCUGUGAAUAUGGGCCCCUCUGCCAGAUGCAGCUCUGCACCUGUGACCGGAAGCUCGUCUACUGCCUCAAGAGGAACCUAAGAAGCUACAACCCUCGAUACCAAUACUUCCCCAACAUCCUCUGCUCCUAGUCGCCCUCAGGGAGCUCUUACUUGACCAGGACUUUUGCCCCCUUCUCCUACAACACAGAGCCCACUGACUCUGCUGGGUUCCUGCGAGAGGCCCCCAGUCUUGGCCACGGGGCUUGGGGGAGUCCCCUGGCCACACUUCACACUCCGCAGAGUUCCAGGAGAGUGACUCUGCUCGUAGGACCUGGUAAGGUCAGGGUCCCUGACCCCGACUCAUGAAGUCGGCCCCUCUGAUGCAGGGAGCUCGCCCCUAGCUCCAGGCCAGCUGUCCGCCCUUGGCCCCAAAGACAGCGCUCCUUCUCCAGGAAGAUGCAUUUACUUUUCAGUUUCAGCAGUCAGAUUAGCCCUAUACCCUCUAGAGAAUUUUUACUCAAGGUAAAAGCAACAUGAACCCCAUAUAGAUAUUAAAUAAAAUCUCUUCUUAAAUAAAACCA